GUCAGCAUGGAGAGAGCCACAGCCACAGCCACCGGGCAGAGCAGCACAGAGCACAGAGGAAGAGCCACCCCACAGCCAGCCAUGCUCCCUGCAAGGACUGUCCUGCUGCUCACCCUGCUCCUCACCUUCUCCCUGCACCAUGCCACAGCUCACUUUGCACCCGUGGAAUGCUGCUUUAAAUAUGCACAGAAACGCAUCCGACACCCUCAGAGCUACUACGAGACAUCCAAAGAUUGCCCCAAGCCUGCAGUUGUGAUUGUGGCUGCCAAUGGUGAUGAGAUUUGUGCUGAUCCCAAGAAGGACUGGGUGGCUAAAACCAUAAAACGGCUUCAAAAGAGAAAAUAAAUCCAUCCACUAUCUGAUUCACCCAUCCAGUCCUCCUGUCUCUCCAGGGAGCCAAAGGUGCUGGCAGCUCUUCUCCAGCAGGUGCUGUGGCACCGGCACUGCAGGAGGAGCCAUCCCUGCACCCCGGCAGGAUCAGGUGUCCCAGGGCCAUGGACCAGCCAGCUACCGAGCUCCUCCUGCUGUCACUGCCCUGCCAACACGUGCCUGUGGAGCAA